AUGGCAGUGACUCCACAGCAGCCGAAGCAGCGGAGACUCGUACUCGAGUGGAUCGUGAACCAACCCUCGCCUCUAUUGUUCACGCAGAAGGAUUUUGAGAAACGGUACCCGGGGAGACAGCCCAGUAACAUCGUGCGGGAGCAUUUGGACGCGCUGGUCGCGGACGGGGUGCUUGAGUUGUCCAAGUGUGGCAGUAUCAACGUCUUCUACUACUUCAAGAACGUGAAGUGGGCUGGGAUCCGCGGGGACUUGGAGAACCUGAGCGGCAAGGUCGCGGCACUGACGCGUGAGUGCGAGGCCCUGCAGACACAGAUCAACUCGAUGCAGGAGACGCGCGGUGAUUUCAAGGGCAAGAAACAGCUGCUGCUAAGGCAGAAGGAGUUGGAGCGGCAGGUAGCGUCGAAGAAACUGGAGAUAUCAAAGUUGAGAAAGACCAGGUGGACACCAGAUGAUAUAGCUAACAAGACGAAAGAGUUUCAAAGCACGAAAGCCCAGUUGGAAUCGCUGGCGGACAACAUCGAGAUCCUGGUCGACUACCUUUGCAAGAAAUGCCAAGUGGAGCCAAGCGCCAUACGGCAAGAGUUUGCUAUCCCAGAAGAGUUUUGCAGCGCCUAUACGCUUUAA